UACAAAAUAUCUGUUGAUGCUGGAUUCAAAAAAGAUACUGCUUCAUUUCAAAGUGUUAUUCUUCCCUUUCUUGCAUUAUUGAUCCGUCAUGGGGUACGCGGUUCGACUUUGGAAAGACAAGUUAACACCAUAUAUUCAGUUGUUUAUACUUAUAUUGAUACAUUCUUUCAUGAUAAUAUUAUGAAAUGUUUGGAUGAAUUAGUUAGAAGAAAUUCACUUCAAGAUAGAGGUGAUAAAGAAAAAUCGUUAAACAAAGAUCCUAAUAUUUUUAUUCCUUCAACAUUUGGUCAACCAUUCUUGAUACUUGCGCGUUUUUUAAAUGAGUUACUUAGUCGAAUUAAAGAAGCUUCUGUUAAUGAUACGAUUCACAAAAUCGUGCACCGUCUUCAAAGUGCGUUAAAUGCAUGGAAAGACUCUUUGAUGACUGAACGUCAAUCGAAAGUUCAAUCUGACGACGCAUUGGUCUCAGAUCUUGAAAAGAGGCGAUAUUAUUUUGAAAUUUUAAAUCACGAAAUGAAAAAACUCGAUUAUGUUUUGUCAGAUGGGCGUAAAUCUCUUAUCGCAGCAAGAAGCGAAGUCAAUAAUACUAAUAAUACUGUAACUUCUGAACUCGUCGUUCAAAGCCGUGAAUUUGCGCGAAUGAAUGAAUUUGAAAGAUUGUAUGAUCCACCUGGCGAAUUAUCUAGACUUGGCCCAAGACAUGAUAACGACUUUCUUGAAAUAUGCAAAAUAUCUAUAAUUCCAACAAAAGAUGAAAUUUUGGCAUCACGUGAGCCGUCUUUGCCCUCAUUUAUGUUAGGUCCUUCAGAAUUCUUACCUGAUGGGAUUGCACGUCUUCUUGAUAUGCAAUUCAGGUUAUUGAGAGAAGAUAUGCUUAAUCCGAUUAGAUUGGGUAUUUCCCGUUUUUUGACAGACUUGGAUAACAACAAGGCUAAAUUUAAAAAGUUACGUGAAGAAGGUGGUAGAUUUCGAUACGAUAAGGGUGAUAUUAGUGGAGAUCUUAAUGUUUAUCCAAACAUAAGAUUCGUUUCUAUUAACGUAAAUCGAUACCGUGGAUUUAUUUCUCGUGUUGCGUUCACUCCACCAAAGAUAAAAUCAGCCAAAGAUGAAAAGCAGCGUCUCCAUUAUUGGGAACGAUCUAGAAAAUUGAUGAGUGGUAGUUUAAUUUGCGUCCUUUGGCAAAAUAAAGUAAAUGAAGAUAGCGACCCAAAUUCAUCGCAAACCUAUUCCCUUUAUUUUGGAGUAGUUGUUGAAAAGAAUGAGAAACGUCUAUCACGAUUUGAAACUGAAGCCAUGAUUGAUAUUCAUUUCAUCGAAUCUUCAAUUUAUCCUAUCGUUUUAGAAGAUAUUUCAAUGGGAAGAGAUCAUCCUUCUCGUCCUAAACGAUUUAUGGUUGAAUCUACAGGAGUAUAUUUUGAAUCUUAUAACCAUAUAUUAAAAACAUUACAAGUUACUAAUCCUUCAGAAGUUCCAUUUCGACAAUAUUUGGUGUCAUCACUCGAAGGCGGCGAUCGAAAUAUUCAAGUAGAAACUCCAUUAUAUACGAAAGCUCCUAGGUUUCAUUUUGAUUUAUCGAUAUUAUUAAAAGAUCCUUAUGAUUCCUUAUUGUUAAAUGUACAAGAUGAGACAUCAAGAGAAAAUGCAAUUAGAAAGUUAGCAACGCCAAAUGUUAGUGUUUUUGAUGAAACACAAGCUAAAGCAUUGGUUGACGCUUUGUCAAGAGAAAUCGCUUUAAUUGAAGGUCCACCGGGAACUGGAAAAACGUAUGUCGGUAUUGAAAUAGUGAAAGUCUUACUUUCCGAAAAAAAUCGAAAAACUACUGCAAUUGGGCCAAUUCUUACCAUUUGUUAUACAAAUCAUGCAUUGGAUCAAUUUCUUGAGUGUCUACUUGAUAAUAAUAUUACGAAAAUUGUUCGUUUGGGAUCUAGAAGUAAAUCAGAUAGAAUAAAAGAAUUUAAUUUAGAGCAUAUUUCUCGUAGUCGUCCUAAGGUAUCACAUCGAGGUUUCAUGUUAUAUGAAGCUUAUGAAGAACUUGAUGAAAUAAAAAAUGAAGCAAUAAAUUUACAAGAAAAACUUUCUAGAGAGUUGAUGACAUGGAAUGAUGUUAAGAAUCAUCUAUUGGCUGAAUAUAUGGCUUAUUAUUUGCAAUUCACUGAUAACCAUGGACCAGAUUUUCCAGAUCUUUUAUUAAAUAUCAAAAGUGAAGAAAGCAACGUGCUUCCAGAUGAAACGGAUAAGAAUGGCGAUAAAGAUGAAUGGACAACCGUUGGUGAAGAGAAACUGAAAAAUCAAUCGAUAUGGGAUCAAUGGAUUAAUGGCGUUGAUAUUCGGUAA